UCUCUCUCUAAAAAUCAUCUACUUUAUUAUUCUUCUUCCAACACCAUACCCCUAAAUUUGAUCCUCCUUGCGUUCACAAACAACAUAAAAUUAUUGACUCGUGUUCAUUUUUGGUCCGCGAAAGAUACCAAAAACCAACCUUUCAACCUUCUGAUCAUCAGAAUCGGCUUUUUACUUCCAGAUCUGUAGCAGACAUGGUCUUGAAGCCGGUCAACAAAUCUUUCUACAUUGCAAUUGAGCGGAAUUGAGCCUUGGGUUUUCCCGCAAAGUCAAUAUAAUCCUUGUUCAUCCUCACUGAUUAUGUUACGUACUAAGCAGCUUGGUUCUCUUUCACAAACCGCUAGGUCUUUUUUCUUGAAUGGGUCUUGGUGUAAUCCAACAGAUGGGAAUUCAUGUACUUGUCCAGGAGAUGAAAAGUGUGUCACAAGUAAGCAAUCGACAAAAAAUGCAAUUCGGCAUGCACAAGUACCACCCACCUUAGUGUCAAAGAGUUUGCCUGCUGUGAUAGGCUCUUCAAAAUCAGAAAAUGUGGUUAAGGUCGUGACUCCUCACAAAUCUACUAUUGAUCCCCGGUUUUCGGUUAAUCGGUUAGUUCCAGCUAAUGUUGAGCAUUCUAGUCCCACCACAGACAAAUUAGUUACAGCAGGUGUUACUGCUGCGAUUUUCUUGUCGGACCUAGUAAAUUAUAAGAUUCCUACAUUUGAGGGAAAUGGGAUGCUCAGCUCAACUCAGAACUCCAUGGUUGAGCAUUCUAGACCAACUCCAACCGUCACGUCCUACACAAAAAACAACCCGAGAGAGAGGGUCCAUGAGAAACAGCCUAUUGAAAUGGCAACCAGCUCGAAGGCGGCAGCAGCAGACAAGCCUCAUGGUACAACUAAAGGAAGAGCAAAACCUAAUUGUAUAUCAAACAACAAAAUUUCAGAGAGUCAGUAUAGAGAAAAACCAAAAGGACAAUGUAGUGAACAAGCUUCUGAAGGAAAGUUUCGAGGAGGGGAAGUUGUUCGCAAAGUUCUGAAAGUUAAUAAUGGAGUUUGUUCAGUUGCUAGUAGGACGAUCCCAAAUAGUAAUAUAUAUUUGGUAGAUAGGGUUUCUAACAUCUUGCGACAGCUUAAAUGGGGACCUAGGACUGAAGACGCUCUUAGAAAACUUAAUUGCUCUUUUGACGCCUAUCAGGCAAACCAAAUUCUUAAACAAGUUCUGGAUUUCUCUGUCGCGCUCGAGUUCUUCAACUGGCUGAGAUGCCAACCUGGAUUCAAGCACGACGGGCAUUCCUACACGACCAUGAUUGGAAUCCUCGGUCGUGCAAAGGAAUUCGCGGCCAUAAACAGGCUGCUAGGACAUAUGGCAAUGGAUGGAUGUCAGCCGAAUGUUGUUACUUUUAACCGUAUUAUUCAUAGUUAUGGACGUGCAAACUACUUGAAGGAGGCUGUAGACGUUUACGAGCAGAUGCAAAGAGAGGGAUGUGUACCGGACCGAGUUACCUAUUGUACUCUUAUCGAUGUUCAUGCCAAAUCAGGCUAUCUCGAUUUUGCAAUGCACAUAUAUGGGAAGAUGCAGGAGGCCGGCAUUUCUGCUGACACGUUCACUUAUAGUGUGAUCAUAAAUUGUUUAGGGAAAGCAGGACAUUUAGAUAUUGCCGAUAAGCUUUUCAGUGAAAUGGUUAGCCAGGGUUGUGAUCCGAAUAUUGUUACGUACAAUAUAAUGAUUGCUUUGAAUGCGAAAGCCAGGAAAUAUCCUAGAGCAUUGCAGAUUUAUCGGAAAAUGCAGAAAGCUGGGUUUGAACCGGAUAACAUAACUUACAGUAUAGUCAUGGAAGUUCUGGGGCAUUAUGGAUAUUUGAAGGAAGCCGAGGAAGUUUUCUUGGAGAUGAAAAGGAAGAAAUGGUCUCCUGAUGAGCCAGUUUAUGGUCUACUAGUGGACCUUUGGGGUAAGGAUGGGAAUGUAGAGAAGGCUUGCAGUUGGUAUCAGGCCAUGUUAAACGAGGGUCUACGCCCAAACGUGCCAACUUGCAAUUCCUUGUUGAGCGCCUUUCUCCGCGUUCAUCGGCUUUCAGAUGCUUAUGAUUUGCUUCAUAACAUGCUGAAUAUGGGCUUAACCCCGUCCCUCCAGACCUACACUUUACUUCUUAGCUGCUGCACUGAAGCCCAAUCGUCAUACGACAUGGGUUUCUGUUGCCAGCUGAUGGGUAUCACGGCCCACCCGGCCCACUCAUUUUUGGUCACGAUGCCGGAGGCAGCUGGACCAGAUGGGAAGAACGUGAGGGACCACGUGAGUCGCUUCUUGGACAUGAUGCAUAGUGAGGAUAGAGAGGGGAAGAGAGGUCUGGUUGAUGCAGUUGUGGAUUUUCUUCACAAGUCGGAUUUGAAGGAAGAGGCUGGAUUGGUUUGGGAAGUGGCUGCGAUGAAGAAUAUUUAUCCAGAUGCGGUUAGGGAGAAAGGGUCGUGUUAUUGGCUGAUUAAUCUGCAUGUAAUGUCCGAUGGGACUGCUGUAACGGCUCUGUCGAGAACUCUCGCAGGAUUUCGGCAGAGGAUGUUGAGAUCUGGGGUGUGUCCCAGCAGGAUUGAUAUUGUGACCGGAUGGGGUAGGAGGAGUCGGGUCACUGGGGCUUCCUUGGUCAGGAACUCUGUUCAGCAACUGCUUGAUUUAUUUCAGUUUCCGUUUUUUAUGGAGAAUGGUAAUUCAGGCUGUUUUGUGGGAUGUGGGGAGCCUCUUAGCAGGUGGCUGCUUCAAUCUUAUGUGGAGAGGAUGCAUUUACUCUGAUGAAUAAGCUUAUCCGAAGCUAUAUUAUUUUAUGCAUUAUUUAUUAAAUUUUCCAACUAUAGUUUUGAGUUUUGUUUUGGGAAGUAAUAGACUCCUGGCUCAUCAUCCUUUCUUUUACCAAAAGCUUAUCCAAUAUCUGUUUCUGAAUUCCCAACUAGUUUUGGUUAUUUUCUAAGAUAAUUCUUUGUUUGAGGGAUCUUCAUCAUGCAUAUUAGUAGUAGUUUAAGAUGUGGGGCUAAACAUCUAAUGAAUUACUAUUACUUUGAGGACAAGUUUUUUUCUUUUAUUUAUUAUAAAGAAAAAUAAAUUAAA